AACAAAAAAAAACUGCUGUCGUUCACAUGUUGGUCACCGCGUCUGCUGUUGCUAAGUAACCACCGGCUUGUGGUCUUUGCGCGAGGAAGUUUUGCAUUUGCACAAGAAGCGACAGCCAGGUGUUGUGAGCUCAAAAUCCCCGAACGACCCUGGGUUCUGAAUCGUGCUCCCGCGCAGGGGCUGUCACUCCAUGGCCACCCGGAUAGAACGGCUCGCGAGGCCCAAACCGAUCCACUUGAAAUUGCCCGACCGUCGCUCGGUGUACUGGCUGGACGUACUGCCCGAGAGGAGAAGAGAUGGUCCAACCGUCUUUGAGCUGUCGCCCCGAUGGCUGGCGCUGUCCGAUGACAGACCCUGUCGCGCGGGGUACCAGGACAACAGGAGACCCCCAGCAUGGGAGGUGAGCAGUGCUGCAAUGAGAGCUGCGGCCUCAGAGAGAGUUUGCUCCCUGGCCAAGCCCCGCCCACCCACCUCAGCCUGGCAGCCCGGUCGCCCCCUGCUGUCCAAAGCGUUGAUUGAAUGGAUUGACGCCACCGUGGCGAAGCAGACUCACCCUCAGUACCAGUUGGGCCGGCGGGUGUCGUGGCCGGUGCCGGUCCCGGCGCGGGGGGGCGGUGCCAGCGAGCGGGUGAGGCAGCUGGCCCGGCCCAAACAGCACCGGGCCCUGGACCAGGGCUACGACCCCUACACCGUCAGCCUGGCGGCCAGCCGGGCCAGCGCCUCGCCCCGCGUCCUGCAGCUCAGCGUGCCCCUGCCGCGGAAGUGCCGGCAGAAGUAG